AUGAAAUUCCCGUUAGAGAAUCCGAGGAAACAGGUGAACUGGGAUCCUGAACAAGUGGCCGUUCAGACCAACAUGGUCCCGCAGAAGAAGCCGCAGUCAGGUGCAGUCCAAUCCAGUCUGGUCCAGGCCAGUGUUUCGGCCAUGCAGAACCCGAUGGGCUGCGAGCUGAAAAACGGUCACUGUCUUCUACCACGACUCUCCAUCUCGUCCCGAUCGGCCAGCGUGCUCACCGGCAUGGAUUCUGGAGCGGACGGAUCGGCUCUGCACUCUGUCAUGAAGUGGAAAACGGUGCUGGCUGUGUUUGUGGUGGUGCUAUCGUAUUUAGUGUGUGGAGGUCUGGCGUUUCAGGCACUCGAACAGCCCUUCGAGAGCAUCCAGAAAGACUCCAUCACCCAGAAGAAAGCCCAGUUUCUGCAGAAAAACCCCUGCGUCUCUCCUGCCGACCUCGAGGUGCUUAUUAAGCAUGCAGUAGAAGCGGUCAGCGCUGGAGUGAGUCCCAUUGGAGACGCGUCCUAUAACUCCAGCCAGUGGGAUCUCGGCAGCGCUUUCUUCUUCGCUGGAACCGUCAUCACUACAAUAGGCUAUGGAAACAUCGCUCCCAGCACUGAGGGCGGCAAGAUUUUCUGCAUCCUUUACGCCAUAUUUGGCAUCCCUCUGUUCGGCUUCCUGUUGGCCGGCGUUGGGGAUCAACUGGGCACGAUGUUUAUGAAGAGCAUCUUGAAGGUGGAGAAAGUUUUCAGGCAAAAGCACAAGCAAAUCAGUCAGACCAAGAUCCGCGUGACCUCCACUAUCCUUUUCAUCAUUGCCGGAUGCAUCAUUUUUGUCACCAUCCCAGCGGUGAUUUUCAAGCACAUCGAGGGAUGGAGUACAUUAGAGGCUAUUUACUUUGUCGUCAUUACGCUCACGACUAUCGGCAUUGGAGAUUAUGUGGCAGGAGGAGAUCGGAAAAUUGAAUACAUGAAAUGGUACAAGCCUCUGGUGUGGUUCUGGAUUUUGGUGGGUCUGGCGUAUUUUGCAGCAGUUCUCAGCAUGAUUGGAGACUGGCUCAGGGUUUUGUCCAAGAAAACAAAAGAGGAGGUUGGACAACAAGUUGGAGGCAUUAAGGCUCAUGCGGUGGAAUGGAAAGCAAACGUCCGAGCAGAGUUACGUGAAACAAGACGGCGUCUCAGCGGAGAAAUUCACGAUAAACUCCAGCGAGCUGCAACUAUUCGCAGCAUGGAGCGCCGGCGUUUGGGUCUGGAGCAGCGUGCGCAUUCACUCGACAUGUUAUCGCCUGAAAAACGAGCUGUUUUUGCUAGUUUGGAUGCCGGACGCUUCAAAACAUCCUCGCAGGAGAGCAUCGACACAAAACUCAACAACCUGCGACUGAAGGCUAAAUGCGGAGAGCAGCAGACGUCGUCAGAAGAAAACAUCUUCAACCGCUUCGGCUCGCUCACUAAACUAGCCAAGCGCAACAGGAGUAAAGAUCUGCGCAGGAAUAUUCAGGAGGAUGCGGCUCAGAUGGACGAACUCAACAACGUGACGCUGGGAGAAGAGAGACAAGAGGAGGAGGACGAGGACCAGAUGGAGGAGGAGGAGGAGAAGGUGGAAAAACAGGCCAACACUGGAUUUACCUGUCUGCCGCACUAUCCUGAGGAACCCAAACAGCAGAAUGGUUUCGCACCUGCUCAGGUUAAAGAACAAGAGCGGAAUAAAAGACUGGAGCUGAAGGAGCACCAACCGUAGGCACACGAUCACACCUGAAGGGCCAAAUUCACACAGGAUGUGUAUUA